AUGGCUCUCGACCCAGAAAACUUUAAGUUUGAAACUCCACAAUUUGAUCCAAGAUUCCCAAAUCAAAAUCAAACCAAGCAUUGUGCUCAAGCGUACGUUGAUUACCACAAGUGUAUCAAUGCCAAAGGAGAAGAAUUCGAGCCAUGCCAAAUUUUCUGGAAAACUUUCACCUCGUUAUGUCCAGUUGAUUGGGUUGACAAAUGGAAUGACCAAAGGGAAGCAGGUAAAUUUCCAAUUAACUUAGAUUAA